UAUAUAUAGUUUCCAAUUCAGCCCAAUGUCUAAUAACGAACGACGACAGGUCCAUAUGUUGGCUAGAGCAUACAAUUUGAAAUCCACUAGUCUUGGAUCCGGAGAGAACAGAUCUACAACUGUCACCAAGACAGACCGUACAUUUAUCCCCAACGACAAACGCUACAUUGAACGAUUCAUUUCUCAGGCACAGCAAACAGUGGACGCUACAAACGCCUUGUCAAUCAAACAACAAGCAAUGAUGGCUAAACAAAAUAUCUAUGGUCCACCAACUCUUUCGAAGAAAGAAAAGAACAAGCCCAAAGACAAGAAGGAAAGAAAGAAGGAAAAUGCACCCAAAGAAGUACUUCAGUCUAGAGUUGUGGCUGCAGAUGCUGCUCCUAUUUCUGAUGCCAAUGUUGGACACCGGAUGCUAGCAGCAAUGGGAUGGAAACAAGGCGAUUCUCUUGGUGUUACAAAUAGUGGUAUUGUCAACCCAAUUGAAGCCGUUAUCCGCCAAAAGGGAAAGGGAUUAGGAACAUUAUAACAGUAAUAAUAAGAAAAUAAUAAUAGUAAUAUACAAAUCAUCCUUGUUUCUUUCUCAAUGCAUGUGCGUGUGUAUGUAAAUCCAACCC